AUGGGGGCGUGCCGUAGCGCAACAGGUUGUGUGCCUGUCUACGGUCCACAGAGUCAUAAGUUCGAUCCCCGCCUCGACCCAACCAAGGGGUUUAAGAAAUGUUGGUAGUGAGAAAGCCGUCACUCACAAGGACGGAUAUGUCACUAGAGCCAUUCCACUGGUUAUCACUGAUAUCAGGAUAAGACCUCGGUUAAUCGACUUGGGUCCAGCGGUACAAAGGUGUAGGAAGAAGAAGAUGAUGAUGAAGCAUUGAUAUCUCAGAACUCAUUUUGGCUGACCAAAAAGGAAAAAGAAACAAGGAACUUUUCUUUGAUACGAACUUGAAAUUGAAUGGGUUUUUUACUUUUCGAAGUUUCAGGUCGUUCGGAAUCAAUAUGUGGUCCUGCGAAGUUAUUCUUCUCCGCCGAAUCGACGAGCUUCAUCUCAGCUGCUCGAAGAGAACAUCGGGUUGUACUAUCAAAAGUUGAAGAUUCCGCAAACCUCACGAUAAUUGAUAGUCUCACAGGUAAAUCAUGAUUUUUUUUUUCUGAUUGUGUAUCUUCAUUUUGAAAUAAUAUUUUUUAUGAAAUUCAUCCUUUCAAACCGUGUUUUUUAUCCGUUUUUCUAAUUUCUACCGACUUUAUCGGCUUUCUAAUUUAGCUCUAUAUUUUUUUCAGAGUAGUUCGAUCUCUUGGGACAAUGAAAUUUCAGAAUUUGUUUUUUUAUCUUUUAAAAACUGAUCAAAUUUUCACUCAUUCUCAACUCAGACCAUGUUCUUGUAGAUUUGAUUUUGAAAAUUUUUCAUAUUUUCACUCCAGAAAUGGACUCCCCCCUGAGAUGUUCCCUGGAAAUCAUCACCUGUCCGAACUGCAACCUGAACCUGAAGUUUCGACCUCCCGCUGAAGAUUUACCUGAAGAAGAACUGGAAAUGGUGAUUUGAACGGAAAUCAGGAAGAAAUCUGGAAAAUGAAUCAUUCUCCAGAUGCCGUCGUGCACCGAGUCGAAAGAAGAACCUUGCUUCGAUUUGCAAUUUGUUGAGAGCAAAGCCGAUUCCACCCUGCCCGCGACCUAUCGUCGAGUUUCCAUUUGGGACUUUCCUUAUAGGUUUUUUAUUUCCGGAUUUUCAUCACGAUGGAUGUUCAAAGUCGGCCUCUCUGACUGAUUAAGAUUACCGGAAAGCUUGGAAUUUUAUAUUAAUUUGCUAAUAACUCUGAAAGAUCUUGUAGAAGAUUCCGGAUAGCUACUUGACUUUAUAGUUUUUUUGAAAUCGAGAUUUCGAAAACUUCGUAAUACAGAGUGAAGCCUAUAAAAACCGAAUUUUUUUCGAAUAAUUUUUCAACUUUGAGAUUUCAUAACUUUAAAAUUGAAAGAGUGGGCGAUCAGAUAAUAUAAGGGACGUCCAUCUAGACCUUCUGAAAUCGUUUAAAUAAAAGAUGGAAAAUUUCAAACUUCACCCUUGAAUGACCUCCUUGGGGGGUCAUUUUGUGCAGAAAAUGAUACAUAUUUUAUAAAUCCUUUUCAUUCUGAAAAUAACUGCCUUGGAAAUUUCUUUUACACACAAGGAGAACUUUUUUUUCAUCGAAAAUACCGAAGUAAAGCAACUUUCGAGCAUUUUCUGCAAAUAUCCGAAAGAAUUUUUCCCAGUACCUUAUGGAACUUAGAAAAUAUCUUUUCAAUUUUCUGUAGCUCUCCUAACUUCAGUAGAUCUAUAUUAAGAAAUUUAAUAGCUGAUCAACUUUUAGAAACGAGUUCAACUCGACGGGAAACUCGUUGACAAUCAACUUGGUCAUGUGGAACCUUGAAACAAACUCCACCUUGUACAAUUACAUCCAGGUUGCAUUCAAGGUUUUCCUGAAACAAUUUGAAACUUUCCAGAACUUUUUCCCUCUAUUGGCCACUGCGGUUACCAACGACGAAAUAAUCAUCGGAUCGCCAUUGGAAAUUCCUGCUUCUAAUUAUUCUUCUAUCGGAUUUUUUGAGUCACCAAGGUCUCAUGAUGCUUUGGCUUCUUCAUGAUAGUUUCUAUAAGUUUUUGAUAAUUACAAAUUUUGAAAAGUUCAGAAAAUUCUGGUAGGAUUGGACCAUUCAGUUCAAUGUUGAAAAAAAAAGUGUUUAUAAAUGUUUUUUCUCGUUAUUUUUUUUUUCAAAAAUCCCCAUCCAAUUUGCAGGUCUUUCUUACCUUAGCUUUAGCAAUAUUCCAAUUUCUUCAGAAAAAAAUGACCUCUAUAUUCAAAAUAUGUCCUUCAGAUAUCCUGAAGCGUACCCGACGAAUUUGAUCAAGCGAUACUUUCUGAUCAAUAGCAGCCCAAAUGGCUUCAUCCGUCUCAUUUUCGACGAUUUCCACGUCCACUACCAAUCUGAGCUUCAAGUUUGUCACGAUAAAUGGGGAGACAUCUUUUUUAGGUCCAGGGUAGAGGGGUUACAAAAAAGGCCCUGAAAAUGUUUUUAUAAAGACAUCAAAAGAUUUUUCGAGCAGCUACGUAGCUGUUUUUUUCAUUUUAGUCUACAUCUUUCCUUGAGAUUUUCUGUAGCAUUAGCUUUCAGACUUCUUAUUGCCAGCCGGGUUUUGAAAUAUCACGGAAAAGCUAGAAAUUAGAAGUCUCCAACUCUUUCUAAGAAGAAAAGAUUUUUUCUAAGUCUUCAAAAAUUGAUUCUUCAAAGAUCUCCUUUCAUUCGCAUGUGACUGUAUUCAUCGAUUUAUCAUAAAUUUUGAUUAGAUUUUCGAUUCUGAUGGGUCGGAAAUCCUGAACUCUCGACGGGAAAACCGACGGCCGUCAGCCCUUGUCACCAAAGGCAGUACAUUGACCGUCGAGUUCCGGGCUCAUAAUUACACGAACUUGGUGAGGAUCAAGAUAUGAAAAAAAGUUUUUCAUUAAAAAAAAAAGUCUUUUUUGAAUGAUUACCUAUAUCAAAAAAAAAUAAUUAAGUGAGUUCAGAAGUGCGGAAUUCGUCCGAAAAGCUUAGAAAAAUCGAAAGUCUUCAUAGAGAAACUUCUAAUUAGAAACGACUAAAACCUUUCUGUAUUUUUUCAGUGACUGAAAAAUGUGAAAUUCAACAGCUUGAGACAGUAUUCAAAAAAAAAAAAACGUAAAAAAUCAGGUGGGCUUCCGGGCGCGCUACGAAUUCGUCAUGGAUAUUCCGUGGCCUGAGAAACCGAAUUACAGAGGUAUCAAGUUUGUUUUCAUUUUGUGACCAAAAUCAUGUUUUUUUUUUAGCCAAAAUUAGGUAGAAAAAGGCAAAGCAAAGGAUUUAUGAAUAUGUACAUAAAAUAUAUGUUAACGUGAAAGGUCACUGCGAAUGUAUUAUUCAAAAGUAUUUUGAUGAUUUUCUUUGACUUUGAGGGACUUUUUCUCGAAAAUUAAGAAAAUGCCCAAGUUGACACUUUCAGAGAUUCCUCUGUUCAAUUAAAAACUGUUCUGGAAAGUUCAAAACGCAAAAUAAAAUUACCUUCAUUGUCAGAUGUUUUUUAAAUAUGUUCUCAGGAAGGUGGACACCGAUUUCUCAAUCUCCAUUUUUUGCCUUUCCAUCAACUCUUUUUUUUCUUUAGCCUCACCUUUUUUUUUUUAUCAUUUUCCGACCUUCCGGAGUCGCUAAAGGAUCAUCUUUUUUCGUCUUGAGGAUAUUUUCAUAAAAAAAAAACUCUCAUUUCCUCUGAAAUUUUAAAACGCAAAAUCAGAUGACCUUCCUUGUCAGAUGCUUUUUAAAUCUGUUCUUAGAAAGGUUUUUUUCAAAUUCCUUUAUCCUCCCCAUUUCUUGCCAUAUCAACUCUUUAUUUUUCUCCAGCCUCACCCUUUUUGCUACCAUUUUCCGACCUUUUAAGAGUCGCUAAAUGAUUGUCUUUUUACGUCAUGAAGAUAUUGUCAUUGAACGUUGGAAAUUUUCAAGAUUGCGACGAUUACUUGGAGAAUUACGGAGGAGAGAUCCGUUUGGAUCGUCUUUCCCACUUGGCGAACUCCUACGUCGACUGCAUCUGGAUCGUUGGACGUCUGCCGCACGUUUCCAGGGUAUUCGACAGAGUUUAUCUCAAGGUAUUUCGUCCUAUUUUUGCAGGUAGGAAAAAAUUAAGGCAAAUUUUUCUAUCUGAGAUGAUUUUAUUCUGUCAAAAGUCUUUCCCCAAUUUUGAAAAUCAGAGUCACCUCUUCUACCAGACUAACUGAUUUCUGAGCUUGCAAAUUUGAGCUUGCUAAUGACUUUUAGGCCGAGCAAUUCCAUCUCAAAGGAGUUUCGCUACGUCUCGAAAUAAGGGAAGGCUGCUGCUCGACGUCGGAUCGUCUGCUUCUGCUCUCCGACCAGCAGUCCAGAGACCAGCUCAGUCAUCAGCAGCCCAGGUUCCUGAACAAAUCCUGUUUCAAGAAAUUCGAUGAAAAAGUCUCGGAAGCGCGCCAAAUAUUGUUGAAACGGGUUUCUGUUGAUAUUCGAGCUUCGUUUCAGGGAUUAAAAUCAGUUUUGUAUUCAAAUCUUCAAGAAAAAUGCAAGUCUAAAUUGAAAGUUUUCAAUUUUUAAUAAUCAUGGGAACAAGGAGCUUAACGAAAAAGCCUAGGAGUUCUUUUUUUUUCAAAUUAGUUUUUCUCAUUUAUUUUGGCUGGCUUGAGCUUGAAAGUUCUAACUUUUUUCUUACAGAUUUGGAUAUACAACAAGUUUGACGAAUCCAGCCUUUUAUAUUCGUCUUCGCGGAUUUCUGAUGAACACGUCAGUUUUGUCUAAAUCUUGUUUGGAAUAUUCAAAAAGUUUUUCGACUUAGAAAUUGGUGAAAUUUCGCUUGAAGAGCCUCUCCCUUUCCCACCCUUCUGAUUUGUAGCGAAAAUGAAAGCUUCUUAAAAAGGACUUUUUGUUCGAUUUUUGGCGGUCUUAUUUUUCUUGUCUCUGUCUUUUUGUUAUAAUCUUUUCUUCUGCCUUUUUCAUUUCAUUUUUUGGGCUUUUCUUGACUGAUUGGAAAUCAGGGUGCCCUCGAGUACCUUUCAGCCAAGUAUCAUCAACUUCACGACUGGAAAUGUUUUGAACUUUCUUGUGUCCCUUCAGAAGCGGUCUGGAGAUCGUCUACUCGCAGUUCUAUCGUUGGACGACGCCCGUUUGCCCCGGAAUGGGCGAGUUUCGUUGCGAUAACGCCCGCUGCAUCAAAGUAAAUCUUUAAAACUUCUUGGUAAUGGAGGUCCUGGUCAGAGUUCUCUCCGGUGCGACGGCAGCAACCAUUGCGGCGACGACAGCGACGAAAUCUGCCAUGUACCGGUCGAUGACUUCCAAGAGCAAAGGUUGGGUCGACAGCUUCUGUUGAUAGUGUUUCCAGCGAGACGGUCACCUUUUAAAAGCACAAAUCUACAGUAAUCACAGACUUUUCUGCUUCACAAAACUGCAAAGGACAAAGGUCUCGAAGCGAAAUUUUUUUCAAUCGUUCAAUCAAAAAAAUUUUGGUGCUAUUUAUAGAUUUUGUUUCAAACAGUACUUUUUCAUAAAUUUUAACUUUUUUGAAGACUGAAAGCGAAGAAGAAAGCGAAAAUAAAUGUUAGCCAGUUAGAUUCUCCUGUUAGCUUCGUUUCAGAACGUUAAACCGAAGAAAUACAUACUGGAAAAGAAAAAAAAAUCUGAUUAGUUCCUUCCGACAGUUCAGUUUUUUUGCUGCUUUCAAGAGAAACUUCCGACGUGUCGGGCAUCGUGGCGCUGACGAUCGGCGUCUGCGGCGCCCUGGUCCUUCUGAUGAGCACCGUGGCGGUCGUCUCGCGCCUCUACCGACGACGGAUCGCCAUGCACAGUUCGCGUCGCGUUUCUCGAGUCUCCACCAUUGGACCGACUAGAAACGGUCUCGCAUUCAGGAAAUUCCCAGUUUGAAAAGUCUUUUUCAAGUAUUAGGACCAGCUUGAACGCAGGUUUUAAGGAAAACUAUUGAUCUCCAAAAAUAGGAAAUGGUUAGAAAUCGAAACUUUCAUAUUUUUAUGGAUUCCGACAUAUUUACUCAUUUAUUAAAAUUAUAAAGUUUUUUUUUGUUAUUUUUUCCAAUCAAAAUUCCAGAGUUCUCUCCUUCGAUUCAAACCAUCGGAGAACGGCGCUUCUAUGUGGUACCCGAGAGCCAAGUGUCCGUGAUCGAAGCCCCUCCAUCCUAUGACGACGCCCUGAAACAUCCCAGUGUACGUCCCGCUCAAUCCCCACUUCCUAUUGCAUUCUUCAGGUUCCGACGUCUUCUGCCUACGCCAAUAGAGCCUUCCAAAGUGCUGAACAGGUCAGAGACUCCCGUGGAACUUCCAAAUGUUCAUGUCCUUCCAGGAACAAAGCAGUGGUGAGCUUCCUCCCGAACGCGAACCUCCACGAGAAGACGAGCCGACUUGCUCCGGGUUGACAACUCCGACGCCGGCUGCUGUUCCUGCUGAUAGCGAUCCUGAAAACGAGGAAACUAGACAGGAAUCUUGGGUCUGA